CUGAUAGAUCAAAUUGUACGGUUCUCGGUUCAGUUGUUCCUCGUCGAUCGCGGCCUGCGGAAGUGUUACUAUCACUAUCGUUCCCCAUCUCGAAUUAUACCGUUCAAUCUGACCCUUGAAUUUACUACAUCCAUAGUAGUAGUGAAAAUAAUUGGCGUCGCUGGCCAUGGAGAUCCGAGUGGGAGUGGGCGAUCUGCUGAAAAUGGGCACCAAGCUCAUUGGCCACAAGAUCGUCCAGUACCGCCUGGCCACGAAGCAAACGAAGGUGGUCUGCACCAGGGACGGACAGGUGCGAGGACUCCGCCGCAGAACGCUCUACGACGAUGAACUGUACUUCGCCUUCGAGGGAAUCCCCUUUGCACAGCCGCCGGUGGGGGAAUUGCGGUUUCGAGCCCCCCAGCCACCGCGCCCCUGGUUGGGAAUCAGGGAUUGCACCUAUCCGAGGGCCAAGCCCAUGCAGAAGCACUUCGUUCUCAGCAUUGUCGAAGGCAGCGAGGAUUGCCUGUACUUGAACGUGUAUUCCAAACGUCUAAAGACGGAUAAGCCGCUGCCCGUGAUCGUGUGGAUAUAUGGCGGCGGAUUCACGAUCGGCGAAGCUGGUCGAGAUUUCUACAGUCCAGACUACUUUAUGCAGCAAGACGUGGUGGUUGUCACAUUUAAUUACCGAGUGGGUGCAUUGGGUUUCCUCAGCCUCUCGGAUCGUGACCUGGAUGUGCCCGGGAAUGCUGGCCUCAAGGAUCAAGUGAUGGCCCUCCGCUGGAUCAGUCAGAACAUAGCCCAAUUCAACGGGGACUCCCAGAACAUAACACUGAUGGGUGAGAGUGCGGGAGCAGCCUCCGUUCACAUGAUGAUGACCACGGAGCAGACCCGGGGAUUAUUUCACAAGGCCAUAAUGCAGUCGGGGUCGAUGUUCUGCGAGUGGGCCAACGAGCCGAGUGGCCGGUGGGCGUACCGCCUGGCCUGCCAGUUGGGCUACUCGGGAAGUGAGAACGAGAAGGAGGUGUUCCGAUUCCUCCAAAAGGCUUCCGCCUCCGAAAUGGCCGCCCACACCGUUUCCCUCGUCUCCCUGGAAGAACGGCGGGAUUACGUUCUGUUUCCCUUUACGCCCGUGGUGGAACCGUAUAUAACCAGGGAUUGCAUUCUACCCCGUUCUUACAGGGAGAUGCUGCCUGCGGCUUGGGGCAAUGACCUGCCAUUGAUCCUGGGAGGAAACUCCUUUGAGGGCCUAUUCUCCUACCAGGCCACCCUGCACGAUGAGGAGCACAUGCUGAGUGCCUUUGAGGCGUUGAUUCCGCGAGAGAUCAGGGAGAAGAGUUCCCAAUCCCAGCUCAAGGAUCUGCUGCGUCAGUUUAAGGUGGAUAAUUUCGAGGACGCAACUCGCGGUCGCAUGGAGUUCAAUGAGUGCCUGCAAAUUCUGUCGGUAAAACACUUCUGGCAUGGCAUCCACCGCACUGUGCUGGCUCGCCUCAGCCACGCCCCCACAACACCCACCUUUCUGUACCGCUUCGAUGUAGAUUCGCCCCAUUUCAAUCACUUCCGGCAGACGAUGUGCGGCAAGCACGUUCGCGGCGUCAGUCAUGCCGAUGACGUUUCCUACCUCUUCUACCACAUUUUGGCCAACAAACUGGAGAAAUCCUCCAUGGAGUACCAAACCAUACAGAGAUUGGUGGGCAUGUGGGUGGCAUUUGCCCGAAACGAUAAUCCCAAUUGUUCACAGAUCAGUCCGACCACAUGGGAAGCUCUGGAUGAAGGAGGCCCGCAGAUGUGUCUCAACAUCGGCAAGCAACUGGAGUUCAUUGUGCUGCCAGAGUCAAGGCAGAAUCGGAUUUGGGAUAGACUUUACGAUAAACGCGACUUGUACUAAAUAGGUGGAACUUUGUAUAUUUUGUAAAUAAAACUGGAACCAUUUAGGAUUUUA